GGAGCCGCCGCCGCCGCCGCCGGGAUGAGCUCCCUCGCCUUCGACGACGCGGCCCUGGAGGGGCUGGCACCGUCCCUCGGCCUCUCCGGGGCCAACGACAUCGACACGGCCCUUCUCAGCGACAUCGACGACAUGCUGCAGCUGAUCAACACGCCGGACAAUGACUUCUCGGGGCUGUUUGACUCGCCGUUCGGUGCCCCCGACAACACCGUGCCCCCGGGGCUCCCCCCGGCACCGGGCACCCUCGGCACCUACCCGGGACCCAGCAAGGCCCCCCCCGCCGCCCCUAAUGGCACCAACUACCCAGGACCUCCCGGGAUGGCAACCUUCACCCCUCAGCCCCCAGCCCCACUUCUGCCACCGGCCCCGGGUGUCAAGGAGGAGCUGCCGGCGGUGCCCAGCAGCCAGCCCCAGCCCGGUGUGAUGCUCACCCCCAGCUUCGUCCCCGCGUCCCCCGGCCCCCAGUUCAGCCCCCAGCCCUUGGUGGGCUACCAGAACCAGCACAGCUUCUCCGCUGUGCAGCCCGGGGGUGCGGGGCAGGCCGUGCCCAGCCCCCUGCCCACCCCACAGCCCGGCCAGCCCGUGACACUGCCCGGCCCCGUGCAGAGCGUGGCACCCCAGCAGCUCCUGGCCCCCGCCGCCCCCACCAGCCAGCCCGUCUCACCCCAGAUCCAGCAGGUGCCGGUCCUGCUGCAGCCCCAUUUCAUCAAGGCUGACUCCCUGCUGCUGACGGCCGUCAAGACGGAUGCUGGCAGUGCCAAGACCUCCAGCAUCGCCUCCCUGGCCACCAGCGCCAGUGGCUCUGCCACCCCGCUGCAGGUGCCGGCUCUGGUGAGCGGAGGGACCAUCCUGGCCACGGUGCCACUGGUGGUGGAUGCCGAGAAGCUGCCCAUCAACCGGCUGGCACCCAGCGGGAAGCCGGCGCUGGUGCAGAACAGGGGGGAGAAGCGCACGGCGCACAACGCCAUCGAGAAACGCUACCGCUCCUCCAUCAACGACAAGAUCGUGGAGCUCAAGGACCUGGUGGUGGGCACCGAGGCCAAGCUCAACAAGUCGGCGAUCCUGAGGAAGGCCAUCGAGUACAUCCGCUUCCUGCAGCAGAGCAACCAGAAGCUGAAGCAGGAGAACCUCACCCUGAAGAUGGCCAUGCAGAAGAACCAGUCCCUGAAGGACCUGGUGGCCUCCUGCAGCGGGGGGGCCAAGACGGAGGCCCCCAUGGAGGUGGUGAAGGCGGAGGUGAUGGAGAUGCUGACGCCGCCGCCCUCGGAUGUGGGCUCACCAUCCCACAGCAGCCCGCUCUCGCUCAGCGGGGGCAGCAGCAACAGCAGCAGCGACUCGGAGCCCGACAGCCCCCUCUGCGACCACGGCAAGGUGAAGCAGGAGCACCCCCCGCCCUCGCCCAGCAGCCAGGGCAUGUUGGACCGCUCCCGCAUGGCCCUCUGCGCCUUUGUCUUCCUCUGCCUCUCCUUCAACCCCCUGGCCUCCCUCCUGCGGGGCUCCGGUGCCCCGGCCCCUGUGGGGAGCCCAGGCACCGCUGGUCCCCACAGGAGCAUCAUGGCGGAAUCUGGCACUGUGGAGGAGCCGUGGGGGUGGUCUCAGUGGCUGUGGCCCACGCUGGCCUUCUGGGCGCUGAACGUGGCGCUGGUGCUGGGGGCGGUGGUGCGGCUCUUCGUCUGCGGGGAGCCCGUCACCCGCCCCCACUCCGAGCCCUCCGUCCUCUUCUGGCGGCACCGGCGACAGGCUGACCUUGACCUUGACCGGGGGGACUUUGCCCAGGGUGCCCAGCACCUUCGGACGGCGCUGGGGGCACUGGGACGGCCGCUGCCCGCCUCCCACGGGGACCUGGCCUGCAGCCUGCUCUGGACCCUGCUGCGCCACCUCCUCCAGCGCCUCUGGGUGGGACGCUGGCUGGCCGCCCGUGCCGGGGGGCUACGUCCCGACCCCCCGCCGCCCGCCCACGUCCGCCAGAGCGCCCGCGACGCCGCCAUGGCUUACCACCGCCUGCACCAGCUCCACCUGGUCCUGCUGCAGCCCCAUUUCAUCAAGGCUGACUCCCUGCUGCUGACGGCUGUCAAGACGGAUGCUGGCAGUGCCAAGACCUCCAGCAUCGCCUCCCUGGCCACCAGCGCCAGUGGCUCUGCCACCCCGCUGCAGGUGCCGGCUCUGGUGAGCGGAGGGACCAUCCUGGCCACGGUGCCACUGGUGGUGGAUGCCGAGAAGCUGCCCAUCAACCGGCUGGCACCCAGCGGGAAGCCGGCGCUGGUGCAGAACAGGGGGGAGAAGCGCACGGCGCACAACGCCAUCGAGAAACGCUACCGCUCCUCCAUCAACGACAAGAUCGUGGAGCUCAAGGACCUGGUGGUGGGCACCGAGGCCAAGCUCAACAAGUCGGCGAUCCUGAGGAAGGCCAUCGAGUACAUCCGCUUCCUGCAGCAGAGCAACCAGAAGCUGAAGCAGGAGAACCUCACCCUGAAGAUGGCCAUGCAGAAGAACCAGUCCCUGAAGGACCUGGUGGCCUCCUGCAGCGGGGGGGCCAAGACGGAGGCCCCCAUGGAGGUGGUGAAGGCGGAGGUGAUGGAGAUGCUGACGCCGCCGCCCUCGGAUGUGGGCUCACCAUCCCACAGCAGCCCGCUCUCGCUCAGCGGGGGCAGCAGCAACAGCAGCAGCGACUCGGAGCCCGACAGCCCCCUCUGCGACCACGGCAAGGUGAAGCAGGAGCACCCCCCGCCCUCGCCCAGCAGUCAGGGCAUGUUGGACCGCUCCCGCAUGGCCCUCUGCGCCUUUGUCUUCCUCUGCCUCUCCUUCAACCCCCUGGCCUCCCUCCUGCGGGGCUCCGGUGCCCCGGCCCCUGUGGGGAGCCCAGGCACCGCUGGUCCCCACAGGAGCAUCAUGGCGGAGUCUGGCACUGUGGAGGAGCCGUGGGGGUGGUCUCAGUGGCUGUGGCCCACACUAGCCUUCUGGGCGCUGAACGUGGCGCUGGUGCUGGGGGCGGUGGUGCGGCUCUUCGUCUGCGGGGAGCCCGUCACCCGCCCCCACUCCGAGCCCUCCGUCCUCUUCUGGCGGCACCGGCGACAGGCUGACCUUGACCUUGACCGGGGGGACUUUGCCCAGGGUGCCCAGCACCUUCGGACGGCGCUGGGGGCACUGGGACGGCCGCUGCCCGCCUCCCACGGGGACCUGGCCUGCAGCCUGCUCUGGACCCUGCUGCGCCACCUCCUCCAGCGCCUCUGGGUGGGACGCUGGCUGGCCGCCCGUGCCGGGGGGCUACGUCCCGACCCCCCGCCGCCCGCCCACGUCCGCCAGAGCGCCCGCGACGCCGCCAUGGCUUACCACCGCCUGCACCAGCUCCACCUGGCCGGGAAGCAGGCUGGGGGGCACCUCCUGGCCAUCAACCUGGCGCUGAGUGCCGUCAACCUGGCCGAGUGCGCCGGCGACGCCGUCUCCGUGGCCGCCCUGGCUGAGAUCUACGUGGCGGCGGCUCUACGGGUCAAGGCCAGCCUGCACCGCUGCUUCCACUUCUUGGCUCGCCCCUUCCUCUGCAGUGCCCGGCGGGUGGCCCUGUCCCACGGUGGGGCCGUGCCCCCCGCCAUGCAGUGGCUCUGCCACCCCUUGGGCCACCGCUUCUUCGUGGAUGGGGACUGGGCCGUCAAGGGGGUCCCGAGGGAGACCAUCUACAGCUCCGCCGGCAACCCAGUGGACCCGUUGGCACAGGUGACCCAGCUCUUCCGUGAGCACCUCCUGGAGAAGGCGCUGUGCUGCGUGGCCAUGCCGGAGCCCAGCCGCCCCGCUGCCCAGGGAGAGGGGCGCUUUUCCAACGCUCUCGAGUACCUCCAGCUCCUCAAUGGCUGCUCCGAUGCCAGCGGCGUGCCCGGCCCCGCGCCCUCCAUCAGCUCCGGCUUGGCAGCUGUCACAGGCACCGACCCCGUGUCCAAGUGGUGGGCGUCCAUCAUUGGCACAGUUAUUCACUGGCUGCAGGGAGAUGAGGAGGGGGCCGAGCGCCUCUACCCGCUGGUGGAGACCAUGCCCCGGGCACUGCAGAGCUCUGACCCUUGCAAACACACGCUGAGCACUGUGGUGUGGAAAGAGGGGGGCAUGGCCGUGCCCAGAGAGGAGCCUGCAGUGACUGCUGUCCAGCUCCUGCUGUGCGACCUGCUCCUCGUCACCCGCACCAAUCUGUGGCAGCAGCAGAUGAGUGCCAGCCAGCAGCGCAGCUGCCUCUACCAGGCCUCCGCCAUCGAGCUCCGCGGCUUCCAGCAGGACCUCAGCAGCCUGCGGCGCCUGGCCCAGACCCUCCGCCCCGCCAUGCGCCGGGUGUUCCUGCACGAAGCCACCGCCAGGCUGAUGGCCCGGGCCAGCCCCACGCGUACCCACCAGCUGUUGGACCGCAGCCUGCGGAGGAGAGGGGUGCAGGGCAGCAAAACAGCCGGCGAGCCCGAGAGCCACCCCACACCGCGGGAGCACGCCGAGGCGCUGCUGCUGGCCUGCUGCUACCUCCCACCCAGCUUCCUCUCGGGGCCGGGCCAGCGCGUGGGCAUGUUGGCCGAGGCCGCCCGCACCCUGGAGAAGCUGGGCGACAAACGGACGCUGCACGACUGCCAGCAGAUGAUCAUCAAGCUGGGCAGCGGCACCACUGUCACAUCGGGCUAGCCCAGCAGGAGGACCAGGAGGGGUUGGGGGGGUGACACGCUGCCAGGUCCCCCCCCCUUCCCCCCCGCCCCAGGUCCUGGGAUGUCGGGAAAGGGGGUGAUGGG